CACGAUUUGUAUAAAUCGACCCGAAUAAAAGCAGAUUACUCGUCUCUUUUUAUUUUAAAUACCCCAACACAAUCUUGCUUUGGGUGCUCUCCUCUUUCUGCAAUCUCAGGAACCUGCAACAACAACUUGUUCAGUUGCAUCUUCAAAGAUGGAUAAAGAUACCGACGCUGUUUAUAAACGAGUCGAGUGGCUCCAUACUGAACAGUGUUCUUCUGCUGGUAACGCUUUUGGAGAGCCACAAAAGACGACGCGGGUCGGGCAUGAGUACCAGGCACAAAUCCCAGCUUUGAUGACAGAAAAUGAGCGAUCCCAGCUAAUAAAGUUACCUGUCUGUGAAUUUGGUCUGUCAAUUCCUGUCACUUGGGUUCACAGUCAACAUAAGAACAAGGAAGAAACGACGUGUCCAAAGGAUGCGUCUUAUAUUGUAGGUUGUGACACAGACAAUGAAGAGUCUUGGAGCGCAAUUGACCGUGAUAGUUUUAUUCUUGGUUUAUAUAUAUUUGGCAAGAAUCUUCGCGUUGUGAACAUGUUCAUGGGAAAUAAAGGUAUGCCAAAUGUGCUAUGUUAUUACUACGGGAAGUUUUAUAGAAGCAAUGAACACCAAAAAUGGUCAAUGUAUCGGAAGAAAAGAAUUAGCAAGUCCCUUCCGGGAAAAAAGAUUUUCAACGGGUGGAGGCUGCACGAGCUUUUGUCUCGCUUGCUUUCUAAUGUGACCGACGAGUGUAAAGCUAGUUUGACGCAGGUCAUUAGAACGUUUGAGGAGGGAAAACUUCCGUUCGAGAAGUAUGUAUUCAUUUUAAGGGAUACAAUGGGCCUCGAUCUUCUUGUACAAGCCGUAGCCAUUGGCAAAGGGAAACAAGACCUUACUAUCAAGACCCGAACGCGAUUAAGAAGCAAAAAAGUUGAAUCUACUUGCUCGUCUCUUAAAACAGAAGAAAUUGUUAACAUUUUGAAGGAUCGAAUUGGAUUAAGCAAAGUACGGUUAAAUGAGUUCUUUUGGGCGGCUGUGUAGCCUCGGCUUUUGGCUAGAGGAUGUGAUGCGGGCCCAAGCGUAGAAGAGCGGGCCAUCCGGUACUUGGAGGCCCAAGAUCGCGUCACAAAAGGGGCCUCACU